AUGCCUCCCACCAGCUCUCUCCCACAAGCGAUCCAGUCCCUCUACGACGACUCUCGCGCCCUGUGGCUGCCACACCGCGUCGCGGAAUACACGACGCCAGGCUCUGCGGUGCCGUUCCUGCGGGACCACGUAGCGCCAUCCGUGCCAUGCGUGUGGCGCGGGGCAGCGUCGCACUGGCCGGCGGUAGGUCUCUGGGGGGGCCACGACUUUGCGCACCUGCGCCGCACCGUGGGGCACAAGGAAGUCGACGUCGCACUAACACCUGACGGGCGCGCAGACGCGGUAGUGCACGCGCUUGACGCGCGCGGGCGCCCGUUCCGCGCCUUCGCAGCGCCGCAGGUGGAGCGGCAGCGGGUGUCGGAGCUGCUGUCGUCGCUGCGAGUGGGGCCGGGCGCGGGGGAUGAGGCGGACGAGGCCGUGCCGUACUACUCGGCGCAGGACUCGAGCCUGACGCGCGAGCUAGGCGAGGUUGCAUGCGACGUCGACGCGGGCACGGUGCGGUUCGCGGAGACGGCGUUCGGGGGCGCGGCGAGCGCGACGAACGUGUGGAUCGGGGACGGGCGGAGCGUGACGACGACGCACGCGGACCCGUUCGAGAACGUGUACGCCGUGGUGAGCGGGUGCAAGACGUUCGAGCUGCGGCCGCCGUGCGACGCGGCGUGGCUGCCCAAGCCGCGGCUGCGGAACGUGCGAUGGGGACGGGAGAGCGGGAGGUGGCGGACAAGGGAGGUGGAGGGGUGGACCGAGUGGGUGGAUGAGGAGAUGAUCGAUGAGCGGUGGGGCAAAGGCGUCGAGGUCGAGGUAAGGGCGGGGGACUUGUUGUACUUGCCGGCGCUGUGGUGUAAGUUGAGACAAAAGGGAAGUGGGCGACGCGGGAGAGGGUGCGAGGUGCUGACGAGUGUUUGCGGGGUUGUGCUGCGUUUGUGCGAUAGUCCAUCGCGUGCGGCAGACCGGGGUAACGAUGGCCGUCAAUUGGUGGUUCGAGAUGUCGUUCGGGCGGGAGUGGAUCCAUCGGGAGCUGUGCGCAAGGCUGCGGCGGUGUGUGAUGGAGGUGGAAGAUGCAAACGAUUGCGAAGGCGAAAGCGAAGAAGAAGAGGAGGAAAGUAGUAGAUCGAGUUUACGGAGUUAGCAAGUGUUGAAAAGCCAAUAUUGCGGGGGCGGUGGAUCCCCUAAUCUA